GACGCUCGUCCAUGCUGGCUUGUGGUCAGUUAAACUGUGUUUGGGUGCAUCACUGUGUGUGCGUUUGCGAAUGUCACCGGCUUCUUUUCUUUUUUUUCUGAGUUAAUCCCUUAAGAAGAGGUGUGGUUCUCUUCCUCGCUCUGCGCUCCCUCUCCUCUCCGUCCCUCGCUCUGAACGUAAUAUCAUCACAUGCUCUCUCUCGCUCCUCUCCUCCUCCUUAUUCUUUUCUUGUGCUGUUGUUAAUGCUGUGGCCGCUAGUCCGAGGGAGUACUUCCUCUCAGCUUGUCAUCUCUGCAUCUCCUCUCAUCUGCUGACCUUUCUCUGUGAGAUGAGUUCUUGUGGCGAGAUGGGGGAGGCCAUCGAACUCAGCACCAGGGAGCACGUGACCCCGGAGAUGAACAAGCUUCGUCAGAGCCUGAGGAGGAAGAAAGGCACCUGCUUGCCAGAGGCCAGCAGACCGUAUCAGUGGCAGGCUGACGAGGAGGCCGUACGAAAGGGCAAAUGUAAUUUCCCUGUUCGGUACCUGGGGUUGGUGGAGGUCGAGGAGUCGAGGGGGAUGCAUGUAUGUGAGGAGGCAGUGAAUAAACUCAAAGUUAGCGGGAAAAAGACAGUCAAAGCAGUGCUGUGGGUUUCAGCGGAUGGACUCAGGGUGGUGGAUGACAAAACUAAGGACCUCAUCGUGGACCAGACCAUAGAGAAGGUUUCGUUCUGCGCUCCUGAUCGGAACUACGACAAGGCCUUCUCCUACAUCUGUAGAGACGGGACGACCAGACGGUGGAUGUGCCACUGCUUCAUGGCUAUCAAAGACUCGGGCGAGAGACUGAGCCAUGCGGUCGGCUGUGCAUUUGCUGCAUGUCUGGAGAGGAAGCAGCGCAGGGAGAAGGAGUGCGGCGUGACGGCUUCCUUUGACGCCAUUCGCACCCUUUUUGUGCGAGACGGCUCCUUCCGAGUGAACUCAUCCAGCAGCGAGCGCGAUGACAAAAUGCAGGACAAGAAGAAAGACCAAUCCUCUGCAAUCACAGUCCUCCCACCUGGCAACGCCUCGCCACCCGAGGGAGCGGGUUCCCCUAUGGAUCGAUCAGCACCUGGCGGGCCUCAUGCCAUUCCUCGCCGCCACGCCCCCAUUGAGCAGCUGGUACGGCAGGGCUCGUUCAGGGGAUUUCCUGCUCUCAGCCAGAAGAACUCUCCCUUUAAGAGGCAGCUGUCGCUCCGCCUCAACGACCUGCCAUCCACACUGCAACGCAAGACCGACUUCCAGACCAAGAACCCUGAGAUGGAUAUGGGGUUGCCAGGCGAGGGAGAGGGUUGUAUUAACGCUCUGUGUGGCCAGAUGAACGCCGCGCUCACCAAGCCAUCAGACGAGAUCUUCACCAACCCCUCUUUGUCUGCAAAUGGUCCUCCAACCUGCCCUGUCCCCCCUAUCCUGCCUCCACCACCUGCGCCAAUGCAGGCCACCUCUUCCUGGGUGCAGCCGGAGCCUCCGCUUCACUCUCCUCCUCCAGUUUCCGUGGCGAUGCAGAUGCAAAUGCAGAUGCAGUGUGGUCACAGGCGCACACCCUCCGAAGCCGAGAGAUGGCUGGAGGAGGUCUCCAAGGCAGUCAAGGCUCAACAGACUCCUCCUCCUGGCUCCACAAUCCCCACAAUCCCUGGACCACCCUCCAUGUCCAGUCAGGCAGCCAUAGCAGCUGCCCCAGUUUCCACCAUCCCCCUGUCCAUUGGCAACAUUUCAAAACCUCUCAUCUCGGGCCCUUCCGCUCUCUCAGGUCAGGUCCCAUUGCCCCUCCAACCCAUAUCAAUAUCAUCAGUUCCCUUAAUACCUGGCCCUCCAGUAACAGGCCCCCCCAUGUCUCUACCUUCUAUGUCAAUUCCCACGAUGUCCGGUCCAAGCAUGACUGGGGCACCCAUGAUGCAGCCCCCCAUCCCUCAAGGCUCCCUUCCCAGCUCCAUGCAGCCCUUUCCUUUGGCUUUUGAUGUCACUCCAGCCCCUGUGGGAAUGUUUGCCAGUCAGCCUGUCCAACCGGCCUUUGUGCCUAUGCAGACCUACAUGCCAGGCCUGGCCAGCAGUAUGACCUAUCCCAAUGCUAGUGUGCCUGUGGUUGGCAUCACACCGUCACAAAUGGUGGCUAACGUCUUCUGCACAGCUACAGGCUCGUCCAGUGCAGGGGGCACCAUGGGCUCGGCAGGAAUAGGACCUAAAGUGGGAACACUUGGAUCAGUUGGGCAGCACCAUUCUUACCCAGUAGCAGUUGGGGACACUGGAGGAUUUUCCACUCCGCCAUUAUCAACAACUAUUAAUGGCCUCCCACCGCACAGUAGCAUGAUUGACCUGCAGAAUGGGACCUCCAGCAGCAGUAGCAAUUGGCCGCCAGAGGGCAGCCAGCUAACAGCUCCAGCACCGACCAUUGCACAAGACGAUGAUCGAUUUGAGGCCAAGUGGGCGGCACUGGAGGCCAAGCCAGCGGCUCAUCCUGGCAAUGUGGCGCCAGCUGCAGCCGCCAACCCUUUUUCCAACAAUCUCCAACAGACUUUUGAGAUUGAGCCAGAUCGGUCCUCCCAAAGCUGUAGCUCUAGCACUGGAAUCAAAGCCUGAGGGAGCCUGGCACCAAUUCCAGCAUCUCUGCUUAGUGACAGCAGGAUGCAGAACCUUCAAGUUAGCCUAGCACCGGACCUGUGGCAGCCUGGUAACUUGCUAAAAGCCCUCAUUGGAGUCAAUGCUAUUAUGAUCCUUAUUGCUUUCUUUGCACUCCCUUGAGAGUUUUGGAGGAAGUUGUCAGAUUGCCGGGCUGCCAUUGGAAAGUCGGGUUUCUAGAUGACUACACUAAAUGGGCUGAAUCUUUUCACUUCAUCCCGCUAACCUCUCUUCCCCGAGUUCACAUCGCCACUCACGCUUUGCUUUACCUGCUGCGAGUCCCAGGAUGUACUGUAUGUGCCCACUGAGGACAACGUGGGGGGGGGCACCUCAGUGGUUUCUUUCUUUGCAAAGGGGACUCCAUCCAGAAGUAUUCCAAUCCACAUAUGAGAUGUUUUGUUUUUUUUAUCUGGUGGAGAAUAUUGGGGAUAACUAAGCAGAUAUGGCUACAUCACAAGACCUGCAGAGAAGCAGAGGAGAUGAUCAGACCGAUGCUGAUCUUAACCAAGCACAGCAAAAUGUCUGGAGACCUGAAAGGACUUGCCAAUGAUGUAAGAACCGGCCAUUUCAACAUGAAAGGACUUACUAAUAGUUGAGAUUUAUGGCGAAAAUUAUUUUAUUUAUUGUAAUUCUUUUUUUAUUAUAACAAGUUAUAUAUACAUGCAAAUCUAAAUUUUUAGCGUUCCAGGAGCUAUAUUUAUUUAACAGGAGCGAAACUACAGGUAGCAGACAGGUAUCAGGGCAGCAGAAGAGGGGGAAACAGGAAACAAGUAGCAAGAGCUGACAGCUAGGCAACAGCAACAGUAUGACACAGUAGUGUAUAUAGCAGCAUGUUUCUUCCACCUGUCGGCCUAUCUCGUAUAAACGCUUCACUGCCGGUGAGGCUUAUUGUGUCAAUAUGGCUUCACUUUGGCUCUCUGCUCCAUUUCUGCCCCGAGGGCUUCACUUCAAGGGUUAGCCUGCUGGGAUAUACAUCACUCUGACACUCUGGACAAUACAGCACAGCAGUCUCCACUUUACUCCCAAAACAUCCAAGGAAUGUUUAUAACUCAGUGGAAACAAACCAAAAAAAAAGAAAAAAAUCUACAUCACUGUGGUUGCUCAACUUUCCUACACUC